AUGGAGGAGGUCUUGGAGAGGCAAGAGCGAGAAAUAAGAGAAAGAAGGCAUAGACGAGCUGCAAGCAAAAGAGCCCAGAGAGAUCUAGAUCAACAACUUUUCAUGGCUGUGGCUUUGCUUGAUGAAGAAAACCAGAGCAGUCGUGGUUCACAUGAAGGCCGUGCAGCAAAUGUUGACAGACAUAGGCAUUCUCGAGCUGCUAUACGAAUGUUGGCGUAUGGUGCAUCUGUUGAUCAGGUGGAUGAGAUUGCUCGGAUGGGGAAGUCCACUGCUUUGGAGAGUUUGGGAGAUUACGGAAAUCGGAAAGGCCAAAAAAGUAUCAUCCUUGAAGCUGUUGCAGGAUUCGAUACAUGGGUUUGGCACGCCUUCUUCGGAGUUGCUGGAUCACAAAAUGACUUGAACGUCCUAGGUCAAUCCCCGGUGUUCAACGAUGUUUUGAGAGGAGAAGCCCCGAAAGUCACAUAUGAAAUCAAUAAUACCGUCUACCAAACUGGGUAUUAUCUAGCUGACGGCAUCUACCCGAGGUGGACAACAUUUGUGAAAUCAAUUCCACAUCCCCGAACCCAGAAGCAAAAAUUAUUUGCUACCCAUCAAGAGAGUUACAGAAAAGAUGUGGAGAGGUGCUUUGGUAUCCUCCAAGCUCGGUGGGCGAUCAUUAGAGGUGCGGCACGUAUGUUUGAUGAGGAGGUGUUGAGGAGCAUAAUGAUGACAUGCAUCAUCCUCCAUAACAUGAUUGUGGAGGAUGAGUAUGAUUAUGAAGCUGAAGAGGUGUAUGAAGAGGAUCCCAUGAACACGGCCUUGACAAGAAUUUAUGAAAAACCCAUAGGGCCAAAUGGAGAACCAUUGGAGCAUGAACCAUUGGUUAGAGAUGGUCGUUUCAUGCACCGUAUGAUUGAUCGAUAUACGGAGAUGCAAUCGUCGUAUAUUCAUGAACGCCGUCAAGUUGACUUAAUGGAGCAUUUAUAG